AUGUUGGACCACAAAAUGAAGUCCAACAGAUUUUUGUUGCUGUACGGCUCUGCCACCGGACAAGCACAAGCCAUUGCUGAAGAGAUUGCGGAGAAAGCUCCAAGUUUUGGCCUGGCUGCCGAACUCCAUUCCCUGGAUGACACAGGAAAGAAGUUCAACAUAGAGAAGGAAAAGUGUGUUGUCAUUAUUACUUCCACAACCGGAGAUGGGGAUCCACCAGACAAUGCCCAGAAAUUUCUGAGAAGACUGCGUAAGAGAACUUUGAGCCGUGACUAUUUGGCACACUUGCACUACGCGUUGUUAGGUCUUGGCGACUCAAACUACUCCAACUUUUGCCGGUGUGCUCGAGACUUGGACAGCCGAUUAGAGGAGCUCGGGGCUCAGAGAUUCUACCCAACUGGUUUGGCAGACGAUGGGGUCGGGCUGGAGAUUGUGGCAGACCCAUGGCUGGAAGGAUUGUACCCAGCUCUACAGAAAUUCCUCGGCGUCACUGGCACAGGUGUAGUGGCCUUAACCGAAACUGUACAGUCUUUGCAUCUCUCAGAAGCAGACAGUCGGGAACCUGUGAACAAACUAGAGCAUAACCAGAACACUGAAGAAACUUCACAGAGCUCUUUACCCAAUGGGAGCAUUAAUUUAGCUGGAGCUUCAAUUCCUGAAGACAAAGGAGCAUUUUCAGAUGUGGCCUCCUCGAGGCUGCUCCAGAACAUUCCGUCCUUAAAUGAAAGCAUAGAUGAAUCGGUGCAUUCAUGUGCCAGCUUUAGGGACAGUGUUAACAUUGCCUCUAAUACUGUUGUCGAUCAUGAUGUAUCUAAUUCUACAAGAGUUAGUGAUACAUAUAUGGUAGCAAACUCUUUAGCAACAGAGGCUUCUUCAAAGUUAAAUACACCAUCAUUUGAAGAUAAACCUACAGCAGACCCUCUGUCUUCACAUAUACUAAGUGAAAAUACUAAAGACCUUAUUUCCAGCAGCUGUAAUUUACAAAGUGUUGCUGUUGUUUUAGAUACGACUGUUGGUAAUACAGGUGAGGUGACCGAUGAGUCACUGGGAGAAACAUCUUGUGUGCCGUCUUUAUCUCAACCACACAGCUGCCCGCUGCCUAUCACCCAUUCACAACCCCCAUUAUCAGAGCAGGCGUUGACAAUACCUGUGCUGCCUCCUGCAUACCUAUCUGCCACAUUUGGAGGGGAUCCUGUUGAGAUCUCCACGUUGACUUACCAGAAUGGGUGCAAACUGCCGUGUGCAGCAUCAGAAGUGUUUAAAGUGCCGAUAUUGUCAGCCCAAAUCCUUACAGCACCUGACGCGGUGAAGAAAACUUUACUGCUGAGGCUUGAUAUCAAGGGAUGUGGUCUGCAGUACAGUCCUGGAGACUCUAUUUCUAUCAUCUGUCCCAACAACCCUGGCGAAGUAGAUUUUCUUCUUAAAAGACUUGGGCAAACAGUAAAAGCUGACAUCACAGUGACACUGUCCGUCCUCCCGGACACACAGAAAAGACGAGCUGCUGUACCACCUCACAUCCACCCUGUAUCCACACUCCGGCACAUCCUGACAACCUGUGUCAACAUCCGAGAGCCACCCAGCAAGGCAUUUUUAAGAGCUCUCAUCGAACACACAAGUGAUGAGCGUGAGGUGAGACGCAUGCAAGAGUUGUGUAGCAAAGAGGGAGCCCAGGAGUACACCCACUUGAUUCGAGAGGCAAAUGUGUCUUUGCUGGACUUCUUGUAUGCUUUUCCUUCUUGUAAUCCUCCAGUGGAGACUUUAUUUGAACAUCUGCCAAGACUUCAGCCCAGACCGUAUUCUAUUUGCAGUUGUCAAGAGAUUAAUGCCACCACCACUGAUAUUGUCUUUAACGUGGUGGAGAUACCAGCAGACAGAGAGAAGUGUCACCUAUACCAGAGACGAGGAGUCUGUACCGGCUGGCUGGAUGACAUCACUUCCUCUUUGCAGUCUGGGAAGCAUGAGGAUUUAGUUGAGAUUCCCAUUUUCUUGAGAACCAACCAGCAUUUUCGGCCACCUGAUGACCUGGCAAAACCCUUAAUCAUGAUUGGUCCAGGAACUGGUGUAGCACCAUUUAUUGGUUUCUUACACCAGAGAGCUUUUCGGCGAAACCUACUGACCGAUGGUCAAGUGUACGGAGCAACCUGGUUAUUUUUUGGAUGCAGGAACAAAGAUAAAGACUUCAUUUUUAGAGAGGAGAUGCAUCAGUUCAAAGCUAAUGGAACACUUUCACAUUUGUGUGUGGCUUUUUCUCGCGAUCAACCAGCCACGGACACUGUCUUUCAGUCACCUCGCUAUGUUCAGGACUUGCUACGUUCAGUGGCUGAAGAAAUUGCUGAUCUUCUAGUGGAAUCUGAAGCUGCUGUAUAUGUUUGUGGGGAUGCAAAAAAUAUGGCCAAAGAUGUCAGUGGUGCAUUUGAAGACAUUCUUCAGCGAGUGAAAGGUCUUUCUCCGGAUGAAGCUCAUAUGUUUAUGAUGAAGAAGAGGAUCCACAAAACCUAUUUUGAAGAUGUCUGGGUAUGA